AUGUCGACGGUGACCUUCUGUUUGCACGGUGGCACUUGUUUCGGGACGCUCACCUAUCAACAAAAAGAGGGAAACGACGAGAGACAAAAUGAGAUCGUUGCAGCGCCGGCGAUCUUCGGUGAUAUGAGUGCGGACUAUCCGGAACACUCGGCUGAAAUAAUCAACAGGACCUACACGUUGACUGAUGAUCUCCCCGAUGCCCCUCAACUGAUGAUCGAGAUUCGGGAUCUUGAAGGUGGAAUUCUCAGCAUUCGCCUCAAUGACAGCAACAGUGAACAAGGGAAAGAGUUUGAGAUCACUGAAAAUGGCCCAUUUCUUUGGUGUCUUCAAGCCGACGAGUUGAUGCACACAUGGACUCCGACAUCAAUAAAUUCGAGUCGAUUCUCGGUUUUCUAUCGGCUCACCUCAUUCAAUGUCUCUUUGCCGGAAUGUUUCAUCGAACCGACAAGGCCCGUUGAGGAGAUCGAAGAGACGAGAAAGUCCUUUAAACUCUUCUACAUCUUCAUUCCAAUCGCAAUUGUCGUCUUCCUUUCCCAACUCCUUUUUUACACCUACCGGCUCUGCAAAAGCCUUGACCCAUGGGAGAUCGAUUCGCUGCAAUUGACGAUUUCGAAUCGAAUCGGUCGAGGAGAAGCACUUCUCAUCCAAUCAAACAUUGCAACCAAUGUAAUUUUCGUUGAGGAUCUUUAUCGAAUCGCCUGGGAGGUGGCGAGUGCACUGGAGUUCCUCGCCUCCAAAAAUGUCCUCCAUCGUGAUGUGGCGGCCCGCAAUAUUCUGCUUACUUUGCAAAAAACAUCUAAGCUGUCCGACUUCGGGCUGAGUCGUAGCUCAAAUGAGGCGCUCUACACUUCGCAUGGCGGCUGUCUCCCCAUCAAAUGGACGGCUCUUGAGGCAAUCGAGUUCGGUAUAUUUACCGAGAAAGCUGAUGUCUGGUCAUUUGGGGUUCUUCUCUGGGAAAUGUUCUCUUUCGGUGACACGCCCUACGAGGAUCUGGAGCCAUCAAGACUGCUCGGCGAGCUGCAGAAAGGCUUUCGAUUGAUACCCCCGCACCGGACACCGACACAAAUUUCGGAACCAUGUAACGUGUUGUCUGUUGACUGUAGUCAAUGUACAAUCACCAUGUACGUCUCUGAGCUCGUCGUUCUGUCGCAAGAUGGUUGUAGGCACGAAUUUCAACUCUAUGUCAACAACGCGGAUUGGACGAGCAGGAACGAGACAGUUAUGAGGAAUCACGACGGGAAAUCCCCGUUCUGCGUGGUCAACUAUCGGCUCUUCAGUUUACCCGCCAUCUUCACGCUCGCCUAUCACACCCUUGAUAAUUUCUUUCCGAUCGCCGACGCGUUUUAUAUUUUUCAUUUGAAUGUGUUUGAAGACGCCCCAGUCAUCGUCCCAGUCUCGAUCUACCCGUUUCCAACAAGUGGCAAUGAAUAUAUUUCGCUUGACUUUUCCCAACCGAAAUCACCGGAGCAACCAUAUUUUGUGAUGUUGGGCGACAACAUGAACGGAUCGAUCGUCGCCGGGACAAUUGAAUGGGAAACGAUUGACCACGACUGCGCGUUGACCGUCUAUUUGGGUACCACAAUCGACACAAAUCAGGAGCCAUGGUUGACGAUGAAUAGUUGUGAAAUAUCGCAACGUUCCAACGUUCGUUGGCCGGCCACGAUCCAGCAGCUCACUUUUCGCGUCUCGAGUGGCCGAUGUGCCUUUUGGAUGACAAUAAUGACUGAGGACUCUGAUGACUCUUUCCCAAGAGCCGGCCAUCAAUUCUUUGCACAAACGACACCCAAUCCCGCAUGUGUUCCGACGACGGAGAUGUCUAGUCAAAAGCUUGAGAAAGUCUGU